AUAUGUCAUCUCAGUAUGAGCUCAAUCGUAAAAUCGGAAAAUUAGAGAAAUGUUUAGAUUUUAAACAAGUAUUGUUAUGUACGUCGAACUGAUGACAUAACAAACACGAUGGAUUUAUCAAGUGUGUGCCGAUGUUGUUUGUCCCAAGGCUUGGUGAAAAAUUUGUACUCGACCUAUGUGUCGCUGGACACCACCGAAAUAUAUUCGGAUAUGCUGCAGGGAUGUUUCAAUAUCGUCCUGGCCAAGUUGGAAAAUGGGAACAUCUGCGAGGACUGCAUCAAGCAACUACGGAAUGCAAUGCGCUUCAAGGAGCAGGUGCUGGUCUCCGAGAGGGAGUUCCUCAAGCAGGUGCAAUCAUGUGUUGAAAAUGAGGAGAAGCCCUUUGAAGUGAAGGUGGAGCCCAAAAAUGAGAGUGAUGACGACUCCGACGACUACUUCCUGGCUGAUACAGCCAGAGAAGCCCCAAUGCCAGUGAUCAAGCCCGAAACAAGGGAGGGCAAGAAGAAGGCCGAGACGCAAAAGAAGCCCCUUAGGAAAGAGGGAGAGCGCGCCAGGAAGAUCAGGACUCUUGUGAACAGGCUCGCCUCCUCCAUGAAUUCCUGCGAGCUCCCAGACAUCACAACUCUAAAAAAGAAGGAAAUGAACCAGAUCGCUAAGACAGGUCGCAAGCAACCCAGACCGGAUCCCCUCGAAAUGAUAGACCUCGCCUGGACCUCACGCGCCAAAAACGACAAGAAAAAACACAAAGCUAACCUGCAAACUAUACUUACUUACUCUAACGCUGUACCUUUUAAAAAUAAGUCUCUUUUAGGAUUCUUAUGUGGGUACUGCGAAGAACGUUUUCCGGACCCAGCUGAUUUAAGAAUCCACACCGAAAAAGACCAUAAAAAAGAACGCUUGGACUUCAAAACUACAUUCGACAUGACAGAGUACAACGUUAAAUUAGACGUAGGAGAACUGAAUUGUACUUUAUGCGAUGAAAAAAUGGACAAUCUUAGCGUUCUGAAAAACCAUUUGAUUAAAGUACAUAAUAAAACUAUUUAUAAUGAUAUUAAAGAUCAUAUACUUCCGUUUAAGCUUAAGAAAGGCGAUGUGUAUGACUGCGCGCUGUGCACAUCAACAUACGAGACUUUUAAGAUGCUGAAACAGCAUAUGAAUAAGCAUUAUGCGAAUUACACUUGUAAAAAGUGUGACACUGCAUUCGCUACUAAGAGGUCUUUGAAUUCUCACCGAUCAACUCAUCUUGAAGGUAGCCAUAAGUGCCCGCACUGUGAUAAGGUGUUCGCUAGUAAAUCUAAACAGCAUUACCAUGUGAAAACUAAGCAUUUAGGUUCAAGAAACAUUUCAAACUGCCCGUUCUGUAACGAACCGUUCCGGAGUUACUAUCAGCGGAAUCAACAUUUGGUCAAAGUCCAUAAUUCAGAAGCACAAUAUAAAUGUAACGUUUGCAAUAAAGCUUAUAUUCUAAAAAGUUUACUUAUGUAUCAUAUUAAGAAGACUCAUCUUAUGGAAAGGAACUGCCAAUGUACCGAAUGUGGGUAUAAGUUCUUUAGUAAGAAAGCGCUGAAUGCCCAUAUGGUAAAACAUACCGGGGAAAGGAAAUAUUCGUGUGAAGUUUGCCACAAGUCCUAUGCGCGGAAGUAUACGCUGCGGGAACACAUGAGGAUACAUAAUAAUGAUAGACGGUUUAAGUGCGAUGUUUGUGCCAUGACUUUUGUGCAGAAGUGUAGCUUGAAGAGCCAUCUGCUGUCAAAUCAUGGCAUUAGUAUGGCCGCUUGCGAUAUUGCUUCUACCGAAUAGUGUAUUGGAUAACCCUUUAACGCCAGACCUAUCGACAUCGUGAACCUUGUCGGAAUGCACGAAGGUUGGUAUUGGGCUGAAGCCGCGCGCGUCAGUUGACGUCUUUGGGGUCAAAGGGAUCGUUAGUUUAGAGUUCGACCUUGAGAAGUCGACACAAUAAAAUACUUAGAAGUAAUUCUUAAUUUUGUCAUAAUAGGGUAUUUGACUACUAGUCAAGUUUCUUUUUUCGAACCGUCAAAACAAUUGUGCAAUAUGGAAUUUAUAUGAAAUACUAGCAAAUGACGUCGCGCUCAAGUUACUGCGAUUUAUAAAACAUAAAUUGUGUUUAAAAAUAACUGCUGUCUCCGUUUCUCUAUCAAUGUUCUGCGGCGGUAUCAUGGUUCCAUUUUUAUCACUUGUCACUAUGCCCGUCACUUUCGCACUUACAUACUUGUUAGAACGUGACAGGCAUCGUCACAAAUGACAAAGAGCCGACCAUAUUAGCCCUACUGGUGUAAUUUACUUUUAACACAGUCAACAUCCCUAUAGGGAGUAUUGCAAGUAUAGCACAAACCGAAAAUCAUAGCUUAAUAGCAAAAACCAUAGCAUAGCAUAAACAAUUUUUGACAAGUUUUCAUAGAUUAUUUGUUAAGAAUAAUAUGACGUUGAGGUAUCAAGGCGGUGUGUUUACUGUUUGUGCUAAUGGCGCCUCCUACGCAGUGUUUUGCGUAAUAUUCUCUUUAACUCUGUAACUUUUUACGAUUUUUCAUUAGUAAUAGAACAAGUAACAGUUUUCAAGAAUGAUACACGAAAGUGGGCAAUUGUGGCGCGCGGCAAUAAGUAUGUGAUUCUUGUAAUGUAAACAUAACCGUUUACAUUGUACACAGAGGUAUGCAAAUCUAAGCAUAUUUUGCUUUAUUAUAUAUUUUAAGAUUAAGCCACAGAAAUAUUACACAGAUAUAAGUUGUUAAUUUGAACAAUAAAGCAAGAUUUUUCACAUA